AUGGACGCAGAUUUCACCAUUUCGAUGGCCGUCAAGGCAUCUACCACCCUUAUCGCUGCGACUUCUCCUUCACAGGCGUCGCCAACACAGCAACACAUGUUAUACUAUCAUGGAGCCACCGUCACAGGAAUGGGAAAUGACCAAAAUGGAGAAGGUGGUGAAUGCAAACUUCUAGGGCCUUUCUCCCUAAUUGUUCAGGCCGCCCUUGGGGCACUGGCGCUUUUAUCGUUGGUCUAUAAGCGAUGGAGAGAACGUCCGCAGCGGCCGCUCAAAGUGUGGGUAUUUGAUGUCUCAAAGCAAGUGUUCGGCUCGUUCAUGCUUCAUAUGGCAAAUCUUCUCAUGUCAAUGUUUUCUGCUGGUCAACUGGAGAUUCGCAUGGACUACACACCCAAUCCUUGCUCCUUCUACCUAUUGAAUAUUGGGAUCGAUACCACUCUAGGUAUCCCCAUAUUGAUCGUUGCGCUUCGAAUCUUAACAUUUCUUGCUUCCUACACUCCUCUCGCCAACCCUCCAGAAUCCAUCGAGACCGGCAAUUAUAGCAAUCCGCCCCGGGCAUCAUGGUGGUUCAAACAAUCCAUCAUCUACUUCCUGGGUCUGCUCAACAUGAAAAUAUGCGUAUUCUUCUUGAUCCAACUGUUUCCCAUCAUCAUCAGGGUUGGCGACUGGGCUUUGCGGUGGACCGAAGGAAACACUGCCCUUCAAAUUAUCUUUGUGAUGCUCCUUUUCCCUGUCACCAUGAACGCCAUCCAAUACUACAUAAUCGACACGUUCAUCAAGAAAAACAUACACAGUGACUUCUUUCCCGAUGAUGAUAGGGGCCACGCUAUUGCAGAUGAAGAUCUUCAUCGGGAAAGUCUUCUUGCUGGUAUCGACGAAGCCUACUCAUCCGAUUCUGAGGAUGAUUCCGCUACAGGGAAAAGGUCACCUCUCCCAGUGUCACAGUCUAAAUUAGCUAUUCAGGAGUCUGAAGCUAUUAUGACUGAGGACCAUUCGCCGGUCCCUCCUUACCUUCCUCCCAGUUCCAGUUCGAGUGGCAGUCAUCGCGAACAGGACAGACAGUCCAAGUCAGCCGCAUAA